AACGCGGAAGUCCGCCAACUCAUCUCUCACACACUGGGACUGCGAGUGACCCGCAAAACUGGCGGCAGACCCUUUAAAUCGCCCCGAAACGUUGGGAUCGGUAAUCGGGUGUGUUUGCAGGACAGAAAGGGGUCCAUGGCGGCUCCGGGAGCCCCGAUCCGGCGCGUUGAUCCGCUCCUGCGGCGCAGCUGGAGCUGCGUCCGGCUGAUGGCGCAGCGAUUACAAUUUGCGCUCAAAUUCAAACGUUUUCUUUCGUCCCCUCCCACUUUAAUUCAAGACUCAUAGAUAUUUACCCGGAGCAUCUUCUAGUAGGUUUUUUGUUUUGCAUCCCAAACGGGUCACGGGUGCGCUCCACGUGUGGGGCGUGGAAUUGAACUGGUGCUUCCAAGGAGGAGGAGGAGGAGGAGGAGGAGACGCAUCAUCGUCUGACGAGCAUCACACAAGUGCAACUCAAGAGGAGGACGCGGAGUAUAAGUGCUCCUCGGGUCAAAGAUACAACCUGGUUGGGGGGAAAACUGAAAACUGACAACAAGACGCACCUUCCCACGCGGGACGAGCCUCAAGUGCGGCUUUUCAUCGCGCCUCCCGUGAAAAGCGCACACGUUUUUAACGAUGGAGCUGUGCUGCAGAGCCAGAGUCUCUUGGGUUGUUUAUGGAGAACACAUGGAGAGCCCUCCUCGAUGAUGACAUGGAAUAUGCAGCCUAGCUUUUUCUAGACCAGCGACCUGUGACGUCCUCAGUUUGCCAGUGGAUUAGCUCAUCUUCUGUCCUUGAUCUUAUAAAGGAUCUCUGUCCAGCUUCUUUCUAGGCAGCAAACCAAAGCAUUCCAUUACCUUCACUCCUUCUUUAUUAGGAUUCAUAUCGCUUUGAGCUUCAAAACAAGCGAAAAUGGGUCCUUUGAUGGAAGCAGCGGACAUCGCUGUGGUGGCACUCUACUUCCUCCUGGUGCUCGUCAUCGGGGUCUUUGCCAUGUGGAAGUCCAACCGCAGCACCGUGAGCGGCUACUUCCUGGCGGGGCGCUCCAUGUCGUGGAUCGUGAUCGGCGCGUCCCUCUUCGUCAGUAACAUCGGCAGCGAGCACUUCAUCGGCCUGGCUGGAUCCGGGGCGGCGAGCGGCUUCGCUGUGGCGGCGUGGGAAUUCAACGCGCUUCUCCUCCUGCAGCUCCUCGGCUGGGUGUUCAUUCCCGUGUACAUCCACUCGGGCGUCUUCACCAUGCCUGCGUAUUUGUCCAAACGCUUCGGUGGAAACAGACUCAAGUUUUACUUCGCCGCCUUGUCCGUGCUGCUUUACAUUUUCACCAAGCUGUCGGUGGAUCUGUACGCCGGAGCGCUCUUCAUCCAGGAGUCCCUGGGCUGGAACCUUUACGUGUCCAUUCUUCUGCUCAUCAGCAUGACUGCUCUGCUCACCGUCACCGGUGGACUGGUGGCGGUGCUGUACACGGACGCCCUGCAGGCCGUGUUGAUGAUCGGCGGAGCCCUGACCUUGACCAUCAUCAGCUUAGUGAAAGUCGGUGGGCUGGAGGGAGUCAGAACUAAGUACAUGCAGGCGGUUCCUAAUGUUUCUGCUAUUUUAGCUGCUGGGAACUUCACGUACUCGCCCUCCUGUCGCAUCGAGGCCAAACCAAACGCGCUAAGCAUCCUCCGCGGCCCCCUGGACGAAGACAUCCCCUGGCCAGGCUUCAUCCUCGGCCAGACCCCUGCGUCCAUAUGGUACUGGUGUGCGGAUCAGGUCAUCGUUCAACGGGUCCUCGCGGCCAAGAACAUCGCUCACGCCAAAGGCUCGACUCUCAUGGCGGGAUUUCUGAAAAUCCUGCCCAUGUUUUUGAUCGUCAUCCCGGGGAUGAUCUCCCGCAUCCUGUUCACGGACGAGAUCGCCUGCAUCGGGCCGGAGCACUGCAUGGCCGUGUGCGGCUCUCGAGCCGGCUGCUCCAACCUGGCCUACCCGCGCCUGGUCAUGGCGGUGAUGCCGGUGGGGCUCAGGGGCCUCAUGAUGGCGGUGAUGAUCGCCGCCCUGAUGAGCGACCUGGACUCCAUCUUCAACAGCGCCAGCACCAUUUUCACCCUGGACAUCUACCAGACCAUCCGGAGCGAGGCCUCCCAGCGGGAGCUGCUGGUGGUGGGCCGCAUGUUCGUGGUGGUCAUGGUGGCCAUCAGCCUCGCCUGGGUGCCCGUCAUCAUCGACAUGCAGGGAGGGCAGACGUAUCUCUACAUCCAAGAGGUCGCCGGCUACCUCACUCCACCGAUCGCGGCUCUUUUCCUGCUAGGCGUGUUCUGGAGACGGUGUAACGAGAAAGGGGCCUUCUGGGGUGGCAUGACCGGCUUCACGCUCGGCGCCAUCCGACUGAUCCUGGCUUUUAUCUACCGCCAGCCUCCCUGCGACCAGCCGGACACCAGGCCCGCCUUCAUCGUCCAUGUUCACUACAUGUACUUCGCAGCGGGGCUGUUUUGGAUUUCCGGGCUGGUGGCGGUGAUCGUCAGCCUCUGCACCUCUCCGCCGAGCGACGAGCAGGUCAGCACCACCACAAUCUGGGGGCUCCGCAACAUUAAAAUGGUGCCGCUGAAGGACCCAGAGGAAAUGUACCGCCUGACAGAGAAGAGCCAAUGCAACGGCACCGGAAACAUCCACAAAGAGAUGCCCGCGGAUGUCAAGAAGGAGAGGUGCUUAGAUGGCGCCGAUGUCAAGCUCCUGGUGCCGUCCGCGGAGCAUGACCCGGCGACCCCCAGCACGGAGACGUCUCCGGCCACCACCCCCGCCGAACACCUGGGCUUCGGGAAGAUGGAGCUGAAGAGAGCGGAGGAAUACUGCCAUGGUAACGGGGGCCGGAGUAGGUGCAUGCGUCUGCUGGACUGUUUCUGCGGAUAUAACGAGGCAGCGCAGCAAACAGUGGGGCAGGAAGACGGAAGCCGCAUCGCCGAGAUGCUCCACGAACCCCCCAGAGUCAAGAUCCUGCUCAACCUGGGAAUGGUGACGGUCUGCUCCGUGGGCAUCUUCAUGUUUGUUUAUUUCUCACUAUAGGUGAAGCCCGCUCUGAACUGACUGGAACUGCCCCCGAGGCGGGGAGGGGACAGGGUGGGAUGGGUUAGGGGGAUUUGGGCUGUUACAAUUGAAUUUUCAGAGAUUCGAGAAGGUCCGUCUGUAAUAUUUACAGUUGUCUUUUGUAGCUCUCUAACAGGGACCCAAGCUUAUUCUAAUCAUUUUAUUUUUUUAGAUGAUUAAAGCUUCUCCACAUGAAAAAAAAAAAACAAAAAAAAAACAACUUUACCAGUAUGAGUCUCAUUUUGAAUUUCAUUGUCGUCAGAAUAUCCCCCGGGAGUUUAAGAGUCGUUCUGUAAGUGAAUUUAAUAUUUGCCUUAUUUUACAAAUGCACUUGUCUUCUUUGCAGUGUAAAAAAAAAACAAACACAAAUAUAUCCUGUGAUACCUUGUUGAAAGAGGUUUUACGUUUAGUUGUGAGGUUAUUUUUUUUUUAAGCUUGAGAGAAUGAGUUGAAAUAUAAUUCAGUCCUCUUGUUUUUUAAAUCUUCAAAGAGAAAACAGAAAGAAGCAUCGCUUCACAGCCGACUUUACAUAUGUUGUUACGUUUUCAGUGAUGGUUGAAAUCACUGCUUUGAAUUCCUGAAUGUGUUGAAUCUAGAAGCACUUAAUCAAACUUACCGUUACUAUUUGGUGUACACCAUCGCAGCUGAGCAAGAUAGAGAAACAAGCACAAUAUUAGAGGUUAUUGGAGGUUAUCCUUUUCUUUUUGUCUUUUUGAAGAUGGUUUCUCAUCUUAAAAGAGCAUUAGAUGGUACUGUACAUUUGGAUUGGGUGCUGUGCCAGUUGUGCCAGUUGAUGACCAAAUUCCAGUCUCCCCUGGCGCUCUAAUGCUAAUUUUAAUAAUUUUGUUUAUAUGAUUGCACUUUUGUUUUUCGUGGCUGUUUUCUGUUCUGUGUUAUUGUUUAUAACCAGCAAACAGCUGUUCAUGCACUACUGUGUCAUAACAACACGCUACAAGUACCAAUGUUCAUGACUUUAUCGGUUUGUAUUUCAUCUCGUUUUAUGUUUGACGUAUUUAAAAAGUGCACACCAAGUCUGCUGCAUUAUUUUAAAGCGGUGUACAGAUGUUUCAGGGCUCACUGCAUCAGCCAUGAUAAACAUUUCUUAUCUAGUUGGGUUUUUCUUGUGUAUCUACUGCGUGUCAAUAUAUUUCUUGUCUGUAUUCUUUGAAGUGCAUUUUCUAUAAACCUACCAAAUGUGUCUUAGUGUUAUAAUGCUUAUGUGAAAAAAGAGUCAGACAAAGAACAGAUCUUUACAUUUUAUUUUGUUGCCUGAUUUCUAAAUUUAUUUAAAUCUGUGUCAUAGACCAAUGUUGUCACGUAGUGUGUUUUUAUUUGGCGUUAUGGAAAAAUGGUAGAAAAGUGACAUUUCAGACAUUUGAGUGCAGAUUCACACGGCUGGAAGGUCAUCGAGAGAUAAACGAAUGUAUAAAGCAGAACGGUGUUCAUUAUUUCUGCCGCGUGAUGUGUCCACAUGUCAACGUCUAACUCCAACAAGACAAAUAAAAAAUACCAAGCUUUUAUGCUUCUUUUUUUUUUUUAAUUUUCUUUCCUUGGGGUGAUUUAACCCCAGUUUCUUUCGACUGACCCCGGCGUCAGUAUGCGACGGGCCAACUCUUACGUACCACAACGGACUGAUGAGAGAUGAUCGCUGUUAAGGGAAAGAGCUUUAAAUCGGUUUCUUUCUUUAUGAGAUGAUAUCUUGUAAUUUUUUUAAUGAAUUUUAUUUUUAGACACUGAAAAUAAAGUUUUUGUGU